ACGUCAGGCGGCGCCGGGCUCGCGCUCCGCUCCCUCUUUGCAACAUGUCGGGUUUGCUGAAGCUGGACAAUGCGCUCCGGACCAAGGUGGAUGCUUUCAGGGAGCGAAUGACUGCUGAAGCAGAAGACUUGGUUGCAAGUUUCUUUCCAAAGAAAUUAUUGGAGCUAGAUGGUUUUCUGAAGGAACCCCUCUUGAAUGUUUCGGAUUUGGCUACUAUUCAUUCGGACCUCAAUUUGCCAGUACCAGAACCUAUAAUGCUGACCAACAGCCAUGAUGGUUUGGAUAGCACACGCAAUAUUAAGAAGAGAAAACUAGAAGAUGGAGAAAGUAAUUGUCCAGGUACAAAGGUGUUUGUAAUUCCAAAUGGGAUGCUGAAGAGUAACCAGCAGCUGGUUGAGAUGAUUGAGAAAAUUAAACCAGAAAUCAGGACACUCAUGGAGAAGUGCAAUACAGUUAAAAUGUGGGUUCAGCUACUGAUUCCAAGGAUAGAAGAUGGCAAUAACUUUGGUGUUUCUAUUCAGGAAGAGACUGUUGCAGAACUCCGAACAGUUGAAAGUGAAGCUGCUUCAUACUUGGAUCAGAUCUCUCGGUACUACAUUACAAGAGCAAAGUUGGUGUCCAAAGUAGCUAAAUAUCCCCAUGUGGAAGAUUACCGUCGCACCGUGUCUGAAAUUGACGAAAAGGAAUACAUCAGCCUUCGGUUAAUUGUUUCUGAACUGAGAAACCAAUAUGUAACAUUACACGAUAUGAUCAUCAAAAAUAUUGAGAAAAUCAAACGACCCAGGAAUAGCAACACAGAUGCAUUGUACUAAUUGGUGUGCUUCAUGAAUUGGAAACCGACCUUUGUAACCCCAAAUAUAAGACCGUGAUUGCCUUGGCUUUGUUACGUGAGAUUGGUCUUGUUGAGAUGGAAAGAAUUGAAGUCAAAAGUGAAGCACAGCGUUUGUUACAUUUCAGUGGAAUAGCUGAAAAGGGAUUUUCAUUCAUCUCUUCUUUUUAUGAUGUACAGAGGUUUUUAACCCUCAGGAAUUCUUUCCCGUUUUGCUUGACAAAUCUCUUUGUAAUGUACAGUAUUAGUGGUCUUAGCAAAGAAUUCUGUUUAGUAACUUAGUUUUAUUUCGAGAUAUGGUAUUUUCCCAUUUCUGUCAUAUCCUUCCCUCAUUAAAAAAGAUGAAAGAUGAUGUACAAAUUAUCCUGUAAAUGCUGAAUGCUAGUCAUGUACAACUUUUACAUACAGGCAAACACCCACAGAGCACCAGGCACAGGUCUGAAGGCUGCAAAUUGUAGAAAGGAGCACCUAUUGCACCGUAUUAUAUGGGACGGUACACCCACUGACUGUUCUAUUUCCCUUCCCUGAUCACCAUUUUUUUUUAAAGAGAAGUAUUUGAAGAUGUUCUUUUAAAAUAAAAAGUUGUGCUGUAUGCGUAGUGUGAGCCUCCAAAGUGGGGAUAAAUGAAGUUAUAAAUUCUACGUAAAUUACGUAUUGCUAUGAUUUUUCUAAUUGCCCUAAAUUAGGAUACUGAGCAUUAGUUUCUCCAGUUUAACUUUUUCAGCUUCCUUUUCUUGUGAAGUUGCUUGCAAUUUUUAAACCCCAUCUCUGCACUUUGUUAUGUAUUUGUCCAUUCACCCCUUUUUCUUUUCUUGCAAAGGUUGAGAAUGUUGAGCUCAUUAGUCAAGAGCUUUUGGUGGGUGGACUGCACAUUUACUGGUGAGCCCAACUUUCAGACCAUGACGACUACUAUGAAAUUAUCUAAGACUUAAUAAAACAUUCCUCUGAGACAAUGUGUUUUGGGAUCUGUGUCUGAUGUAUGCAGUAGCUUUGCAUAUUGUAAUCUGGUUAUGUUGCACACAACAUAGUUGACAGGAGCAUUAUGCUGAAAACAACAGAACAAAAUGUGGUGCUUUCUUGCAAAUUGAGGUAACCCCAUUUUUCAGGCAAGUUUGAUUAGAAGGGCUUACAUCCGAAACGUCGACUCUGCUCCUCCUCGGAUGCUGCCUGACCUGCUGUGCUUUUUUUCAGCGCCACACUUUUUGACUCUGGUUUACACUGUCAUUUUUAACUGAUUUAAGAAUACUGCUCUACUCAUUAGAUUUGACUUUCUAACUUUUCACUCCAUUUGCUUUUCUUGACUUGUCUCAACUUGCCUCACGAAUUACCACUAUCUUUGUACCAGUGUUCUUCCUGACUGUACAUUCUUCUAAAAUCGUUAAAGUCACCAGCAAAGAGGUGUUUUAAGUGGUGAUGACAUGACUGGCAGACGAUUUAUGGAACACGUUUCCCCAGGGAACUUUUAGACCGCUUGUUUCUCAAAAAAAAGGAGCUUGAGUGGUAUUUACCUCAGCAAAGACUGCACUAACUUUUAACGUGUUGCAUCGUUACAGAAUGGUUGACUCCUUUAAAUUUGAGAAAUGGAUUAUUAGGAAGCUGUCUCCUGCAGCUGGUUUGGUUUCCAACAAUGUGAACAUUGUUCUCAAUUGUCUUGAAAUGAUUUGAAUAGUGAGGUCACAGGAACCCUAAGGCUGUGUUUUUUCUGAUGGCCUCCCUACAGACUUGAAUAGAUCUUUACAGCUUUUUUUAAAACAAAUAUUGUGGCCUAUUCUAUUUUUGCCAUUUGUGUUCUGCAGUUUCAACCGUAACCUAAUGUUCUGUAGUCUGACUGUGGGUGUGGAGUCUCUGCUGGUUUCUGCCUAUUCUUUGAGUAACAGGAGCUGCUGAUGUUUCACAUCACUGUUGCACUCUUAUAUUCUCCAGCCUCACUUGACUAACUUACACAAGUUUCAAAAAGAACUCUGCAAAAUAAAAGAUGUUCAGUUUAAAACGAACAAACAAAAGAUAACUAACUUGAACUGUAGACGUUCAAAUGAGUUCAAGAAAACAUGUGCCUCUUGUACUAAUGAGUAUCUACAUUUUUUCAUUACUCAUUCAAUGACUGGAAAGCUACUUACAAGGUGUCUUAUUUCAAGUUUAACUGAAUUCUUGCAUCUGAAAUUGUCACAAAAAAAGCCUUUUAGUUUGCUUUCUAAGUGUAGUAAUGAGGAAGCCUUGCUUUCCUUGAAGUCAAUAAGAAAGUGCUUCCCAAAUACUUUUCCCACUGUAACCCCACUUCAAGGCUUAAAAACUUUUGUGACACCCCACAGUGAGACCUGUGAGAACGGAAGUGGUGUGCAGGGUAAUCAAUCUGAGGAAAUGGGAGCCAAUCUGCAGCUGUCAUAAUUCAGUCAGACCUCCAUAAUGGCCAAUGCUGCUUUGGAACUUGUGACCCCAACAUUUCAGCUCUUGACCCCAGUUGAGGUCACAACCCACACUUUUGGAAAUCCUGUGGUAGGGGAAUAAGAAGUGCGCAAGAGGAAGGCAGCCACUUGGCUUUUGGGUUUCUUCCUUUCUUCUCCACACCGCUUCAACCACAUAAGCACCUCGUCCUCCCCACCCACCCACCCAUCUUCACAUAAAGUACAAUGUUUCCAGAGUUGCAACGUGGGAGGUGCUAUUUCAAAAUCCAAAUGGAUAGCCUCCAAGUAAUUGUAAGAAAAUGAAACUGCAUGUCCUUAUCAGGUUGGAGAAAUGCAUUUUGCAAAACCAACAUCUGGCCUUUUUCUAUAAAAGUUUCCACUGAUAAAGUCAGACACAACUGGUUUUGUUCCUUAGGUUUAAUCCUGUAUUACCAAAGAUGCCCAUGUACAAUGUUUUAUUAACCAUGUUUUGUUACCUUAUAAAGCACAAUGAUUUCUCUUAUCAAUGGGAUAGAGAAUUAGUGGAAGAGUCAACUUGUAAUUGCUGCUGUUGUGUAUAAUGAUAUUCAACACAUGGCCAGAAUGCAGUACCAUUCAUUAAAACUGAAAAGUAAAUACUUCCAAUCACUGAA